GCGGAAGGAAAUUAUCUUCGAGCUUUCAGACACCGUGACACAGGAUGGGGGACAGUGAUGAUGAGUACGAUAGAAGGAGGGGCAGAGAUAAAUUCCGUAGGGAGAGGAAUGAUUAUGACAGGAGAGAUGAUCGCAGACGAGAUGGCUGGGACAACGAUCGAUAUCGAAACACCUCCACUGCUAGGUCCCGCAAUACCUCUGGGCGCAAUCGUGAGGUCUGGAGCAGCAGAAGUCGAGAUCGUAGUAACCGGGAUCCGUACAGUCGAGACAGCUACGACUCACGGCGUCGAGAGCGCUACAGUCCAGGGAGCCCUCCUCAGAUGAAGAGGAUGAGACGCGACUGGGAUGAAGGGAACUACCAGCCUUACAAUGACAUGCCUUACGGUGGGGGCAGUGGAGGAGGGGGUGGAGGCCCCAUGCAUGGCCACGGAGGUCCUCCGCACCACUGGGGUCCGGGUCCUGAGAUGGGGGGUAUGAUGCCUCAGCAAGGACAGUUCGCAGGUCCUGGCGGACCAAACAGACAGGAAGUGGACUACCCCACACAGCCUCCCAUGCUCACCUUUAAACAGUUCCUCUCUCAGCAAGAUGACAACAUCGAUGACCAGGAAGCCAUUAAGAAAUACAAUGAAUAUAAGGUGGAUUUCCGUCGGCAGCAGAUUAACGAGUUUUUCCUGGCUCAUAAGGACGAGGAAUGGUUUAAGGCCAAGUAUCACCCGGAGGAGUGUGGAAAGAGACUGGACGAGUCGCGGCAGUGCCUGAAGAAGCGCCUGGCUGUGUUUGUGGAGCUUCUGACCACCCCAUACAUAGAGAACGUCACAGUAGACAUGGACAAAGGGCCAGAACUGGUCAAACUUUUGGACGCUGCCGUUCUGAAGAUGGAAGGAGGGACAGAGUUUGAUUUGAAGUCCCUGGAGGAGCCUGAUGUACCUGAAGAUGGGAAUCGCAGUCGAAAUAACUCCGAGUCCCAGCCCGCUGAGAAAAUGAGUCCCGAGAAAGACAGGAGACGAAAAGACAAAGAAAAAGCCCCCGAGAACAAAGAGGAAGAGGAGGCAUUGGCGGACGAUGGGGCUUCAGAGAACCCCAUGGAUCUGCCUAUGACCAAAGAACAAGAGGAUUUGCAGAAGGCUGCUCAGGAAUUCUCCAAGUCCCAGAAAUCCCCAGAGGAGGAGAAUGACCAACCUAUUGAGGGGGCAUUACCCACUGGCCAAAAAAGGAAGCGAAGCCGGGACAGAUCUCAGUACAGCUAUGAGAGCGGAUCAGAAUCAGAAAGUGGCUCAGAGUCAGAGCCUGAACCAGCGCCCCCUGGUAUGGAAGAGGAUAAGGGGUCAGGUAAAGCAGACAGCUCUGGUCACAACACGACAGGUACACCUGAGAAGCCCUCACCUGACCGUGGGGACACGGAGCAGAAACGAACACCCAAGAAGGAGGCUGAGAGGAAUGAUGAGAAGGACAUUGACACGACUGAGAAGGCUGACCCACGUCCCAGAGCUCUACACAAGACAAACUCCAUCUUCCUGAGGCACCUGGCUCCCUCCAUUACCAAGCAGGAAGUGGAAGCUAUGUGUAAGCGUUACCCGGGUUUCCUGCGAGUGGCGCUUCAGGACCCGUUACCUGAUCGACACUUCUUCAGACGAGGCUGGGUGACCUUUGAGAGAUCCGUGAACAUCAAGGACAUCUGCUGGAAUCUCAACAACAUCAGGCUGAGAGAUUGUGAGCUGAAUGCCACAGUGAACCGUGAGCUGAAGCAGAGGAUCCGGCCAGUCAGCUGGAUGACUGCUCACCGGACAGUGGUCAAGCAGGACAUCAAACACUUGGCAAAGAUCAUCCAGAACCUGGACGCCAAAUGGAGGCUAUGGGAGGAGCAAGAGGGAGAGAAGAAAGACAAAGAGAAGGAGGUGACGACAUACGGCCUGGUGUCACGAAACCCUGUCCUGAAGAACAUCACAGACUACCUGGUGGAUGAGGGUAGUUUUGAGGAAGAGGAGUACUUGGGACAGUCCGUGGACGAUGAACCUAAAGAAACUAAUCCAGAGUUAACACUGGAGCGAGAUGUUCACCUGAUCAAGGUUCUUGACCGGAUGAUAUUAUACUUGAGGAUUGUCCAUUCGGUGGAUUACUACAGCGCUACAGAGUUCCCGAAUGAAGACGAAAUGCCCAACAGGUGUGGGAUCAUGCACGCCCGUGGGACCACACCCUCGGCAAAACUCACACAGGCUGAUGUGACAGAGUGGAACCAGAACUUUGAGAAGAAGCUACGUACUUUCUUGGAGGUUAGUGACAAGGUCAAUGAAGAAGAGGCUGUCAGGCUGGGCAGGAAAGAUCCAAAUGCAGAAGUAGAGAAGUUUGUGACGGCCAACACACAAGAGCUGGCCAAAGACAAAUGGCUGUGUCCACUCAGUGGCAAGAAGUUCAAAGGCCCAGAGUUUGUGAGGAAGCACAUCUUCAACAAGCAUGCAGAGAAAAUAGAUGAAGUGAAGAAAGAGGUAUCAUUUUUCAACAACUACCUGUUAGACCCUAAGCGUCCCACCUUACCCGAGCACCCUGGUAACAAGCCCCAGGGAGGAGGGCGUGACCAGUUCAUUGGCCCUGGCAACUUCCAGGGACCUCCCCAGCAGAACAUGAUGGGCUACAACCAGCCUAGGCCACCAGUCAUGGGAUAUGGCAAUGGGCCCCCCAAUCAUUAUGGAAAUGCCCUUCCAAGGGGAGACAACUUCAGACAAGAUGGAGGCUUUAACCGACGAUCGGGUCAUCCUGGCAGGUCAUUUGGCCGUCGCUCAGAUCCCCGUGGCAUCAUUGAGUACAGGGACCUGGAUGCUCCUGAUGACAUGGACAUGUUUUGAAGAUGGUCCACAGUCCUUACAUUGCAAACAUUCAUGGAAUUUAUCAUGUUUGUCAAAAUGUUCUCGCGUCAUUUUUGUCAGAUAAUGUUUCCAUUCGCAUGUUUUGUCCCAUAUUUUUUUCUGUUUUGUUCUGUUUUCAUGCAUACAUUUUAAGAGGAGAUUUUGUGAGGCAAGAUAGACCAUCUUUUUAUCAUGAAUACCUUUCACUGUCUACCACCACACGGUGAGCCAAUCAAUGAUGAGUUUCUGUCGCAAUCUCACCACAUUAAAACAUGAGUGUCAGACGUAAUCUUCUUUAUUAUUUUUCCAUCAUGAGAAUUUUUUUAUGCAAUCUGCCACAUUCUUUCAGGAGUUUGUUGCAAUCAACCUAACACAAUUUAUCAUUGAUUUCUAUCAUAAUCUACAACCAUGACCACAUUGUGUCGUGAGUUUAUUGUCGUCUAUCAUAUACUGAGAUGAGCCUCUGUUGUAAUCCACUUCAUUCUACAUGUAUCAGUUCUUUGCCAUCUACAACAUUCUGAAAUGAAUUUUAGUCACAGUCUGCAAUAUAACUAUUCUGUCAUGAGAUUGUUUUCCAAACUGCCACAAUUUAUCAUUACUUUCAUAAUCUACCACCAUGACCAAACUGUGUCGUAAGUUUGUUGCCAUCUGCAACAUUCUGUCAUGAGUUUCUGUCACACUAUCCUGUCAACUGUCAUUAUCAGAUACAAGCACUGCCCUAGUUAGUGUUGUCAUGGAUUUGUUCUUCUUUCCUUAGCAUUGUCUGUAACUACCAUGGCAACGUAUGUCUUUAACAUUUGUUGCCAUGCAACAUAUGUGUUUAACAUGUGAUGCCUUGGUAGUUACAAUCAACUUAGCCUUUAAACACUUUGUUGACUGGACCUCAAAUUUCCCUGAGAAAUAAUUCUGGCCGCCGUCAUAUAAGUGAAAUAUUCUUGAGUACGGCGUAAAACACCAAUCAAAUAAAUAAAUAAAUGGACGGAUGGGCGAGUGAGUAUGUAAUGGUUUCUUCACGGAAUACACUCUCAUGUUAGACAGUUAUGAAGAUAGGCCCUCAGAGAUAUCUCUCUUUUAGUACUGUCUCUUGUGUUAAAUGUCACAGUUUUUUAAUUGGUGUUUUUUCCCCAUACAUUCAUUGCAUUGAUUUCUUUUUCAUUUCGCUGUUAUCUAUCAUUUAUUAAGUUCUGCAAUAACUCAUGCUCUGCUGAAGAUUUAUCCAGUAUGCCAAUAUGAAUGUUGGGAUAUGUGAGCCGGUAAAACGUUUUGGUUAGCUUAUUGGGAAGUUUUAAUCCAAGACAGCUACCAUAAGGAAGAUACUUUCAGGAGAAUGAAAACAUGUAUCAUACAUGAUACAAGUGCUUUUUUAGCUGUGGAAUGAAAUAUCAUGUUGGUUUUUUUUUUUCAUGGUGUUAAAUUUGUGUAAAAACGUGCGUUCAUAAAUGUGGUAAAAUUUGACUUGUAUACAUUAUAUACAUACUGACACGAUAUACAUGUACUUUAGCUUUACCAGUUCCCACCACGCAAGACUGUAAUUAUUAUAUGCUGCAUUUAAAUGUAUAUGAUAGUACCAGGUAUGAUUUUUAACGUGUAACUGUCUUCAUCAUUUUUAACUACACAAUAAAUUGUUAUUGUAAAA